CUUGUGUGAAGUCGUCGAUGGCGAUGCACGGGAGUGACAGGGGUGUGUCUUCCAUGGUUGAGAUGUCCUCCUGGGGGCUGGUAGGCGGCACCAAGACGACCUGGGGCUUGGCGGGUGAGUCGGGACGCACCCGAAUGGGAGCGGAAAGAGAUGAUGAGGGGGUCGGGUUGCCCUCUGUCUCGUAGACGGGUCGUCUCCCUCGGGCGGGCCCAUCUCCUUCCUCAUCGAAAGGGGGGAAGGAUUGGGCUGCCGGCGGGUCUCCAUCUGCCGCGGCUGGCUGGUGCGGCCCGACGUGCCCGUGUCUGUGGAUGAGGGCUUGAUGAGGCUCUCCUGCUCCUCAUCUGCUGCACUGGUGCUGGUGGUGGUUGUGUGCUUCUUGCCCGCUGCUGCCGCCCUCUUGCGAUAGCCUGAUGCGCGAAGGCGAAACGCCUCCUCCUGCACAGAGAGAGAGAGAGAGAGUGUGUGUGUUUUCGGUGGGCGCGAGAAGGUGUCUGGGAGAGGGGUUGGGCUCACCAGUUCUACGAGUCGCUUUGCGAGUUGGCGGAGUCGUCCGAUCUCUGCCUGGAAGUGUUUGGAGAGUUUCUCGAAUACGAACUUGAGCCGCUGCUUGUCGGCCGACACGUCCGGAAUGUGUCCUCAGUGUGCUGCAGCCAUGGCCACACACACACACACACACAAGACGCACACAGAGAGAGAGGGCAUGCAGACAACGCCUGGGUGUGCUGUGCUCGUCCAUGCCCACCUGUACAACACCAUGAUGGCCACCCCACCUCCACCUCCACAACCACCACCAGCACCGCCGCCUCUUGUGCGUACAGCCACGGCCCUCUCCUUGACGCUCAGCUGGUGGUCGAACUGCGUCAGAUGUCCCUGGACCCGCUGAAUGGCCUCACGGAUGGACGACUCACACCCACCCACACCCACCAAUCCAUCCACUCGACUCAACACGCACCCAUCCGCCCCUCCACCACGACGCCACCACGAACAUAGAGAACAGACAGUAAAGGAAACAGCGACCUGAGGUGGCCGCACUAACACACACGCGACUUGUGAUAGCCGCACUAACACAAAAGCGGUCUAUGCUGGCGCGGUGGGAAAAAAGCAGCCUAUGGUGGCACACCAGGCACGAAUCGGCUUCGACACAAAGAAAGCGGCACUCGAUGUGGGAAAAGAGCCACAUAUGGUGCACAUGUCGACUCGUCUGCUCGUUGUAAUGUUGGCCCUCCUCUCAGAAGGAUGGUGUGCUGUAGUUCGUAG